AUGGCUUGGUUCGACGUGAACAGCAGCAACAUCUCCCUGGACAGGUCCCUGUCCGGCGACCAGCCCCGAAACGAGCGGCUGGCGCGGGCGGAGAUAGCGCUCCUGUCCGUCAUCUUCGUCGCGGCGGGCUCGCUGAACUUCGGGCUCCUGUCCGCGCUGUGGACGCGCAGGAAGCAGCUGUCCAGGAUGCGCGUCUUCGUCUUCCACCUGUGCGUCGCCGACCUGGUGGUCACCUUCUUCCAAGUCUGCCCCCAGCUCGUGUGGGACAUCACCGACCGCUUCGUCGGUCCGGACGCGCUGUGCCGCGCCGUGAAGUACCUGCAGGUGGUGGGCAUGUUCGCGUCCACCUACAUGAUCGUGGCGAUGACCGUCGAUCGGUAUCAAGCCAUCUGCAAGCCCAUGGUCACGUUCCAGAGGAGGAGGGCGCGCUGGAACGGGCCGGUGUGCGCCGCCUGGUGCGUGUCCCUGAUCGGCGGCCUCCCGCAGGUCUUCAUCUUCUCCCGGGUGGAGGUGGCCCCGGGCGUGUACGACUGCUGGGCCCGGUUCGUGACGCCGUGGGGACCGAGGGCGUACGUGACGUGGACAGCCGCGGUGAUUUUCGUCCUGCCCGUGCUGACCGUCGUGGCGUGCCAGGUGCGCAUUUGCCGCGCGGUGCGCACCGACUUCCGCGCAAAGACGCACCGGACCGCCGGACUGCAGCUCUCCUCCCGGACCGGCAGCGUGGCCGGGGUGUCCAAGGCCAGGGUGAAGACGGUGAAGAUGACCGUGGUCAUCGUGCUCGCCUACAUCCUCUGCUGGGCGCCCUUCUUCACCGUCCAGCUCUGGUCAGUCUGGGACGCGAAGGCGCCCUUUGAAAGCGCGACGUUCACCCUCCUGAUGCUGCUGGCCAGCCUGAACAGCUGCGUGAACCCCUGCAUCUACCUGAUGUUCAGCAGGAACCUGCCCGGCAGGCUGGCCGGCCUCGUGUGCACGGCCGACCGGACGACGGAGUCCACGCAGGAGGAGGCCACUGUGGUCAGCUCCCUGCACAUCAGCCUCAAAGGCCUGCCGGACAGCAGGCCAAAGUCCUGA